UGUUUUGUCUUUGAAUUGUACAUAUUAGUCGUUUUUCUCGGCCAUCUUUUUCUGUUCCUCUCGAACUGUGAAUGGGCUACCAUGACGACAAGUGUUGUCCCUCGGCCUGUCAGGUUUGCGUUUACGCUACGGCAGACUCGUCUAUCACACUCUUUACUGCCGACCCUGCAGACAGUCCAGCGACAUCCACGGAACUGUACUACGACACAUUCUCUGUUGGAGUUUGCCCCAUUUCACGGAUUUUUCGAUACGGUCCAGCUUCAUCCUGUUCGCAUUCACGGCUUACAACGCUUCGGCAUGGGCGCGGAGUCUUGGGUGGUGUGGGGUUUAUACGUCUUUGUUGGCUUUACGGCGGAAGCGGCUUUAUACUCCAUGAGGCGCUGCGAGAUUUCUUUUUCCUCCAUUGAAACGCUUCCCAUCCCUUAUACCCAACACAGUUCCUCGUUCCUCGGAUUUUCAGCCAAUUUCACCUCUCGAUCAAGACACACGCGAGCAGAUCAUUUCCUCAUUAUGGCUCUCACAUUUUCAUCAGUUGAUGAUCACACGACUCAAUAACAUUGGCUCUACAGGCGGACCAGGCUCUAUGGAUCACAAAAAGGUGCGCACGCAAAACUCAAUACAUGAUGGAUGGACAGGCUUUUUGUCAUGGCUGGCGGUUUCACAGAUAUUUCGUGUUAACGGAGGAGGGGUCGUACUUUGUUCGUUUUGGUAUGGUGGGCUUACAUAAACGGCGUUAUGGGUUCGGCUUUUGGGCGGCGCGUGGCGUGAUGGUCAGCCAGGGUCAGCUGGCUACAGUUGAUCAUGGCUUGGAACGGAUACCAUUUUUAGGUUGCGCCUCGCUGGUUGUCG